AGAGGUUACAAGGCAACAUAGAUCGGAAAUCUUACUAAAGGCCGGCAUUGGGACCCUUUAGAGAAGCAGAGACCGGAUACGGCCAUCCCAAGUGGGUACAGACGGCCCCGAUGGAAGCAUAGGCAGAGACCAGAGGCGUUGAUACAAGUGGGGGCCCAUGUUCCUGGUUGAUGGAAAUGCUGACGGGGGUGGAGGCCAUAUAUUCCGAUGGAGGCACAGCUAGGUAGCUCGAAAGCGACCCAACAUCCUUUAUGAGCACGUGGACCGCACCUUCAAGCGUCUGCUUGCAUCGUGAACCACCACACUAUCGCCGUGGUCCCAACUGAAUCGCGCUUUCAACUUCCACCACGAUGCCCGGUUUCUCUCGCCUCGUCUCGGAGCGCUUCCGAAAGCAAGGGUCGGGCACAAACUCCAAGCAAACUCUCCAACGGCCCCCCGACGUGGCAUGGCUCUUGGCCCACCGCAAGGAGCGCAUGGGGCAGACAGCGCACACCAAAGGCAACACGCCCACGGCAUCCCUGUAUCGCAUGUACGAGUAUCUUGUCGUCGGCUACAUCAUCGGACUGCGGACGGAGAUCGAAUACUUCUUCAACCAGCCCUCAUGGGCCGUCUCAGCGAUACCCGACCCCAAGGACCCGGAGCCGGAACGGUAUGCCAUCCUCGCGGUCCUGCCAUACUACUUGGUGACGGCCUUCAACCGCUUGAUUGGGCGCGGGUUACCAAGAGGUAGUCCGGCGAUUAUUGCUGGCAACGCGGUAGAGAAUGCACUGAGGAGUCGGAAGGUAGUGCUCGAGGAGGAACCGAGUUGGGUAGCUAAGGUCCCACCGCUGCCCCAGCCUUUGGUCAUACCAGAUCAAUCCAACAACGCGCCACAAGGCCAUGAUAGGGGCAAGCGGUUUCUGAAGAUGAACAUCGUUGCGGAGGAACCCCAUGUAUUGUUCGUAUAAACAAUAGAAGGCCCUUUCCUCACCGUCCCGGGAGGCCG